AUGCCUCGUAAAGAGGAUGAACCCCUACCUCCCGGCGUGUCUGAAAGUCAAAACAGAAAAUUGAAACUUCAACAGCACCAGGAGGAACAGACCAAAUGGCACUUGCAGCAACAGUACCACAAAAAGAUGUCCGACUACCCCGAUGAAUGGUCGAAUAGAUUGAGUCGCUUGGAUCCGGCCGAGUCAGGUAAGAAGUUGACUCCAAAUGGGGCUCGGACAAAUCGGCCGCUUAUGCCAGCAAACCAUUUUGAUCGCAGCAUGAAGACCGAAUUCCGACCAAUCGGCCUGUCAGCCUCACCACCACUGCUGCCGUUGAUAGAUUCGCAAACAUCAAAGAUCCCGCCUCCAACUAUGAAGGAGGCCUGGAUUGGCCGGCAGUCACGUCACCGCAGAUACGGUCGUCAGGAGGAGCGACGACGGCGCAUGGAGGCAGCAAUUUCGGCUAUUAUGGUCGCCUCAACGACUUCUGCAAUACUGACCAAACACGGUAAUCCGUCAGUAUUUAGAGCCUUAUAG